AGGUCAAAGUCCAUCUCUCCAGUUAGUUCACUUUGUCCCGUGUUGAGACGCAGAUGUUUCUCCAUGUUCAACUUUUGCUUGUGUCUCAGUUAGUUUCCUCCGUCUGAAGCUCCAGCUGAAGAUGAGAGGCUGAGUUCAGCAGCAUGGAUCAGUGUGAGGACAGAGGAACCACUCUGUGUGGGGAACAGGACCGCCAGAACAAAGCUCAGAGCCCAGAGCAGCAGCUCACACCUGAGUCUGCUGGACCUGGACCUGAACCUGAACCUGAACCUGGACCUGAACCUGGACCUGGACCUGGACCUGGACCUGGACCUGAACCUGAACCCAGCUGUGUGUCCAUGAAGAUUGACUGGUCUAAGGAUUUACCUAUAGACUUCAAAGAUGGACGUCACUCUAUUGAUCCAAGGAGAAAGCUGGAAGAACCAGAACCCAGCUGUGUGUCCAUGAAGAGUGACUGGUCUAAGGAUUUGAUUAUAACCUUCAAAGAUGGACGUCACUCUGUUGAUCAAAGAGUGGAUCAGGAGAUCUCAGAGGUUCCCAGUGGUCAGUCUACCCAGCAGCAUCAAACACACCUGGACUCCAUAUUUAUGGUCUGUACAUGUACAACAACUACUUUUACAUCUAUCUUGUUCACAAUCAUCUCGUGCACUUUAUAG